CUUCACUGUGUGCGCCCCAUGUCCCUCUAAAUAAAUACCCUUUCUCUUCCCCUCUUCGCCAUCCCCUUAUUCCCUAUAUACCCCCGCCGGUACCCCCAAUUCUCUCUCUCUCAAAUAUGAGAAUGAGCUGCAAUGGGUGCAGAGUCCUUCGUAAAGGCUGCAGCGAAGACUGCACCCUCAGACCUUGUCUUCAAUGGAUCAAAUCCCCUGAAUCCCAAGCCAACGCCACCCUCUUCCUCGCCAAAUUCUACGGCCGCGCUGGACUCAUCAACCUCAUCAAUGCUGGCCCCACUCAUCUCCGCUCUGAAACUUUUAGAUCGUUGCUGUACGAAGCCUGUGGAAGGAUCAUCAACCCAGUAUAUGGGUCGGUGGGCCUGAUGUGCUCCGGCGAUUGGCCGCGAUGUCAGGCGGCUGUGGAGGCUGUUCUACAAGGCGCUCCGCUCAUGAAGCAAGUCAUCGGUGAUGAUGAUUAUUCUUCGACACCCGCUCAGGGGCAGUACCCCGUCCCGCCCCUCCAGGGCUGCGACAUCCGCCACCUCUCCAAGGACUCCCUCGCUGCCGUCCAGCACGUCAGGACCCGAAACCGCUUCAAGCGCUCCAAGAGCCAAGCGGAGUCAAUGGCUGUCAAGUAUCUGAUGGGGUCGGAAGCGAAGUUUACCAUUACGGGGUGGGAUUGCGGGGAUAAUCACAAGGAUUUCGGCGAGGAAUUGAAAAGGGCCCCGAGCCACGACUCUUUCUCGGUUGAAACCGUGGAGCCGACGUUGGCAAACCGAGAUGAGCAAUCGAUUCGGGGAGUCAAAACGGAGCCCCAAACCACUGAAAUCGGGCUGGAGUUGACCUUGAGCCUGAAUCCAAUAGUACAGACCUUCCCGAAUACAGUGAUACAGAUUUCUGAUAGCGAACAGUGACAAAAUGCAGAAAUAAACCCAGUUUUGGAGGAUCCAUCUAAUAUCUGUCUCUUUUAUAUAUGUUGCAGAUCUCAGAGCAUAGUUAUUACAGGGAUGCAUUUUCCGUAGUUUUGGUGUAAUUUUCUUCUUGUAAUGAGAGAGUUUGUAGGGUAAUUGUGACCUUUGUGCAUAUUUCAUUUAAGACCAGUUCCAUGAAGAAGUGAUGAUAUUAAUCAACGUAUAAAACAUGUUGCCAACUUGUCAAUUAGGCUUUAUAAUACUCAA